UGUACAGUACAUACUCACCCUGGUAGAAUGGGCAGGAGCUCGUGGCGUGCUCAGAGUUGUCGGACAUGUCUUGCACGGAAGGUCAAAUGUGACAAGGCGCGGCCAACGUGCUGUCGGUGUCGGUCUUCGAAUCGGGAGUGUGGGGGAAGCAGUAGUACUACGCCAACGCACGGCACACACACUCUCCUCCACCCCAGCCAGCAAUUAAUGGCAGAAUACCAGAGUCAAACCCAGCUACUCGCGCAAUUUCUGCACGAUUACCUCCCGCCCAAGACCCGGCGCGCAGUCACCUACCCAUCGCCGCUACACUGGGCCGAGACGUUUUUCACCCUCCUGGAGUCCGGAUCACCAAUCGUGCACGCGUCGCUCGCCGCGCUCACCCUAACGCACACCGCGAACACCCGGCACGACGACGCGCUCGCCCAGCAGGGCCGCCAUCAGUACGAGCUAGCGGUACAGCAGAUCCGAGCCCUGCCUGCGCUCACGCAGCCGACGGACCUCAUCCGCUCCGGCAUGAUCCUUGCCCUGUACGAGUCAUGCACCCACUCGCCAGGCCAGGGCAAUGCGUGGCAGAUCCACGUGCAGGCCGCCUGUAACCUCGUACGGCAGCUGGCUGCACCUGCGCUGGCGCUGAGCAAGCAGGACUUGCGUCGGCUGCGGACUGUUGAUUUCCUCCGCAUCUGUAUCGAUGGGCAGAUCAUCUCCCCGCCGAACCUCGAGCUGCCCGCUGAGCCGGCAACGGAUGUAUUUGAUCGGCUGCUGGAUAUCUUGUACCAGAUCAUGCACACGUUAGCUGCCGUGCGGCGGAAGACACGACUGGAUGGUCUCAAUCGCGAUUCUGCCGAGCUAUUGAUGCGGAGGGCUGUAGUCCAUGAAGCGCAGCUACUGGAUUGGUACCGGGGACUGCAAUCCGAGGACGGGGGUAUGGUCAUCUCCCGGCCAGCUGCUGUAUCGAGGGAAGCUACAAAAAAAAACGCGUUAGCUUUCUCGAACCCUUCAGUCAUCCCGCUGAUGCUGCUGUACUGGCUGGGGAUGGUAGCGGUGUAUGCUUCCACAGCCGAGACGCUCCAGACACUCGCGCAAUCCAGGCAAUUUGCAACAUCGACGACCUUGCCUCAGAGACUGAACAAGGCUGAUAGCCUGUGUCGCCACUUUGCGAACCGCAUCCAUCAACGCCACGCCGGAUGCGCGGGCCUGGGCCUGGGCACUGCUAUCCUGGCCGCUGCAACUGCGGCAGCUGCACGGCAGAUAUGCGCGAGUCGGCAGUAGGAGCGUCUGGGUGCUCUGGAGGAGAACCCUCAGACCCCCCUUUUCUUU